CACUGACAGCAUUGUUUGCAAUCGAAAAUUGAUCGAUUGCUCCGUCAAUCGUUUGACUUUGUGAACAGUCGACUUCGGAUCGUACCCUGGAGUACACGAGUUUACCAAAUCAUUGCUGCUCCAAGUGGCCCUUCGUCGACAUUUUUUCUUGCACUCAUACCUGUUGUGAUUGUGACACAGUGACAUGAUGUUGAACAUCUCUAUGGUCUGGAUUCUUGUUGCGGUAUUCGCCAAAGCGAACUUGUUUCGGUGUGCUUUUGGUCAUCCAAUCGGGAACGCAAGCAUCGGAAGCAGCCACCCCAUGGAACCGUACUGCGUGCUUUUUCAAAAGGACAUCAAAUACGAAGAUGGUAGCGAGGAAUCAAUGUGGUGCUGCGAAAUCGAACACGCGUCAGCCCGGUUGUUUUCUGUAAACUCUAUAGUUUGCGAACUGGAUGGAGUUGAGCAGGAAUACAUCGAGCAGGCGAAGCCUGUCUCGGGCGAUUCUUACAUGAAGGCCGAAGGUGCUUCAAUCGUUCAGGUGUCCACGGGAGUGAAAAUCGUUUUCCCUGGUAAAAAAAACUCUGUAACCUUUGGGAAGCUUUCGGAAAGCGAAAGCGAGUCUGCACGMUACAGAAAAAGAAGGAAACUCGCUCCUGGUGACCCUACAGUUGGUGUCAGAGAAACUUUGGUKGUAAUGGUCGUAGAUGGUGCUGGUGUCACAAAUACGGAUUCUAUUUCACAGUUCAAAAAUGAUAUCUUUGAAGAUCCAGUGUGUUUGAAGACACAGUACGAAGCCUGUUCCAAGAACCAACUCAUUAUCCAACCCGCCAGCGUUGGCGAUGGUGGGGUAGUGGUGGUCAAGAUUGAYAUCGCCGUGGCCGGUUCGCCCCAUCAGGAAGUGGAAAAUGCUGUUGUGGCUGCAGCACAAGAAUCCUAUGGUGGUCCUUAUGGACUCGGCAGUCUGUACGAUUUAGUUCUGUUCUGUUUGCCACCGGGAGACGAAGGGUGGCUUGCAUAUGCAAUGAUCAAUGGCUAUCAAUCGUUUUACAACGAUUACUGGUGCCAGCGAGUGUCUGCUCAAAUGCAUGAAACAGGUCACAACCUCAAUUUGGGUCACAGUAGCUUGGGCGACGUUGAGUACGGUGAUACUUCGGACAUGAUGGGAUUUUCCUUUAACGAUGAUGACCAUCCCCAACAAUGCUUCAAUGCAGCCAAGAACUAUCAAUUGGGAUGGUACAAUAAUCAAAGAGCAUCGAUAGAUCCCCUCAACUUACCUGGUGGCCGCCAAACAUUCACCUUGACUGGYAUUGAUGAGUACCAGGCCACUGGAACUUCCGAUAAGCUUGUAACAUUGCGUCUUGAGAUGGAUGGAGACCUGCCAACUCCAGGGAAAGAUUAUUACAUUGGAUUCAACCUGGCCACUGGUCCCAAUGCUGGCACAACUGACGCUGUGAACAAAGUGGCUGUUAUGGAGAAACCAACUGGUGGUCCCAAUAAUAUUGGCGCCAGCAAUCGACUUGCCGCUCUUGAUGUUGGUGAAACCUAUGCAAUUGAAAACUUCAAAGGCUUGGAUGAUGAGGUCUACAUAAAAUACCUCUCCCGGUCAGGAAAUGAUGCAAUCAUUGAGAUAGUCAYCAGUACUACAGCAGCUCCUACUGGCACGCCAACAAGAAGUUGUGGUGGCAGCUUGGGAAGAUUUCAAUUCGAAAUUCAGUUGGAUUAUUGGGCCKCCGACAAUCCUUGGAGUUUGCGAGAAAAGGAUGGAGCUGUAAUUGCAUCUGCUACUUACACUUAUGGUCAUAAUUAUGAUGGUGAUGGUGACAAAAGAUACGUUUAUCCUGCCAAAGAURAUCACUAUUGCUUGACGCCAGGGUCUUGCUAUGAACUCCAGAUUGAGGAGCUCUCUGGUGAUAAUAUGUGCUGUGGUUACGGGGAAGGAUAUUACAAAGGAUUUCUUGAUACAAUAGAGAUCUUUGGGGGAGGUGAUGAUAUGCAAUUCAUGAACAUACACGAGUUCUGUGUCGACGAAGGUGCACCUGCACCUACGAUUGUUCCAAAUCCAAACCCCCCACCUCCCAUGGUAGCUCCGACACGGGUUCCUGUUACGCCUGCUCCGGUCCCACCUCCCACGGUAGCUCCGACACAGGUUCCCAUUACGCCUGCUCCGGUCCCGGCUCCAACAGUAGCUCCAACAAUAGCUCCGGUUACACCUGCUCCAGCACCACCUCCCACGGUAGCUCCAACAAUGAUUCUAGUUACGCCUGCUCCAAUUGCACCUCCAACGGUAGCUCCCACACAAGUUCCUGUUACGCCUGCUCCGGUUCCACCUCCCUCGGUAGCUCCGACACAGGUUCCUGUUACCCCUGCUCCGAUCAGUUGUGGUGACGCGUUUGGAAGAUUUCAAUUCGAAAUUCGGACCGAUUAUUGGGCCUCCGACAAUCCCUKGAGUUUGCGAGAAAAGGAUGGAGCCGUAAUUGCAUCUGCUACGUACAUUGCUGGUCCUUCUGGUGAUGGUGGCAAAAGAUAUGUUUAUCCUGCCGAAGAUGAUUACUAUUGCUUGACGCCAGGGUCUUGCUAUGAACUCCAGAUUGAGGAGCUCUGGGGCAAUAAUAUGUGCUGUGCUACUGGGGAAGGAUAUUACAAAGGAUUUCUUGAUAGCAUAGAGAUCUUUGGGGGAGGCGAUAAUAUGCAACUGAUGAAUACACACGAGUUCUGUAUCGAGGCAGGUGCACCUGCACCUGCACCUGCACCUACGAUUGUUCCAAAUCCAAACCCCCCACCUCCUCCGGUCCCUCCUCCCACAAUGCCUCCCAAAGAUCUUCCGGUUACGCCGGUCCCCCCACCCACGGCAGCUCCAACCAUGGCUCCGGUUCCGCCUCCCACGGUAGCCCCCACAAGGAUUCCGGUUGCGCCUGYGCCUGCUCCGGUCCCGCCUCCCACGGURGCUCCGACGCAGGAGUUUUUGGUUUCCACUCUUGCCCCCACCACCGCGAGCCCAACCCCCCCCACCGUUUCUUGCGUGGACGACGAGGCCUUUCGGUUUCGAAGCCAAAGGAARAAAUCCUGCAAGAGGUGGAUCGCAAAGUUUGCCACCCCCCUCACCAAAAAGAACAAGCGCAAGAUUCGAAAGCGGUGCCGCAAGAGGUACAAGGGAGAGAACGUSUACGAAUUAUGCCGGGCAAGCUGCGCCCUGGUCCGGCUGGGUCCCUGCGCCGCUUCUGCUGCGUCCGCUGUCGUGAUCUAGGGGAAGACGGAAGACGGAAACAAAAACAAACAAACAAGCAAACGAACAAACAAACAAACGACCCGACCGUGGGAGGUAUGGACGGAGAGCAAUCCGUGCGUUUGCCCCGUGCCGUGCCGUGUAGAUCGGUCGAACACCCGCACGCAGCGUGUUGCCCCCCGUCCGUUUCCGGGCGGYAGURGGAUAGKGUAUGGAACAGUACCGGUACCGUACGAGUUCGUACCCAUCGAAAAUGCUGCUUGGCACUUUCUGCGUUUGUUGGGUUUGCCAGUGGCAGCAGGUUCGUUCGGCACGAAUACGAGUAGUGUCCGCACAACCACUGCUGCUGUGUGUCGCUGCCGCUGCAGCUGUCGUCACGAUGCACGAUGCCUCGGUACUCCACUGCCGUGCUACUAGGCACAAGGCUGUAGCUAGCUGUAGCUCUAGGAAUAGUUGUGCU